AACCACCUCAUUAAACUACCGAGAUACCUUAUACUUGCACAAAAUUGUCUCUCAUCGCCAUGACAUUUACACUAUAAGCAAUUCUCCAUUGAGCAGCAAACCAUUCACAAUGUUAGCAGCUCGGGACCAGGAGAAUCUGGUCCAUGGCCAGCAAGCUCUGGCUGCUUCGAAGCCACUGAACCAAGGCACAAGAGCUGCACCACCGAAGACCCCAGGGAACAGAUACCCCAGGACGCCACUCAAGAUACCUCUGCACGACGAAAAUGCGCCGACGGGCUUCGGAAAGAAGAGUGUCCUUCAAACGAAGGGCAAGGGCAAUGAGAACCUAGUUACUGGCGGGAAGAAGGGCACAGGUCUCGACAAGAAUGCCUUCAUAACUCCAAUGGGUCCUCGGACUCGCGCACCCCUUGGGAUGAAGACGACAAACGCAAAGGCGAAGGCGUUUCAAACUCCAGCCAGAGCUGAGAUAGACAAAGGUCCCGAGAAGACUCAGAUCAGGCCAACGAGCACUCGACCAUUAAGGCAAAAGAUUAGCCACGUCGAUACUAUCAAAUUGGAAAUCCACGGUGACGAGCCAGACCCAUUGGGUGAACGAGAGGUCGAAUACUGCCCACCUAAAUCUAAAGACCUUCCCUACGAGAACGAAGACUUCCCCAACGGACACCUGGACUACAGCAUCGUGAAGCGAGAGAAUCAGAGAAAGGACUUCCACACACGCUACUACAACCCCGUGGAUGCAAAUGGUGUAUCUAAAGGAGAGAGGGAGUUCGAAGAGGAGCUCGCUAGAUCGUUGAAGGCGACUGAUGAUAAGAUCCUCAAAGCAGUCGAGGAGGACCCCUGUGUUGUCCACGACGUCCCAGAGACAUUUCCCAAAGUUCAACGCAAGAAACCCACCGAAGAACGCCGUGAAGUCUCCGCCCAGCUCCCACCAAACGCAUCUGCAUUGCCCAGCAGAGGCCCAGCAACGCUUACAUCCCGCCGCGCCGCAUCCGCCCUCGCAUUGGCACCAAAGCACACCACUACCUCAACAAAGCCAUCUCGUCCUCUCCCCCUAACCAAGAAGCCCGCGCCAUUCCUCCUCUGCGGCUCCAACCCGCCACUCCCUGCCAUCCAGCCUUCAACGAUGCGCAACGCGUCUGCCAGCGCCGCCUCGCGCAGCACCAUGGGCUACAAGAAGGGCCGUUUCGCGUCAACAGCACUGUCCAAUGGCACCGUGUCUACAGUGCCUUCAACACCAGUGCGCUCGCUGAGCAAUCUGUCAGCUGUCUCAGAUAAGACGAUCACGCCUGCGCGUUAUGGAGCGAAGCGAGAAGAAGAGAGCAGCAGGUUGGGAUUUCUGGGAGCUUUCGAUAUCAAUGAUGAUGAUCUGGGCUUUGGGGCUAAUUCGGGGCUACCAGAGUGUAUGAGGGGUGAGGCGGAGGAAGAAGAAGAGGAGUUCGUGAUGACCUUGAAUUUGUAAGGGGCUAUGCAUGGCGUAAAGGUAUAGGUAUGGCAAACAAGGAAAUUGUCCUGAGUUGCCGGGGAUGAGCUGUAUACAAUUGCUAUCAGUUUGUCUGAGAACCCGGUUCAUGGCUACUCGUAUUUUUGUUGUAAUAAAUGGUAUUCAUAGCGGGGGGUCCAAGUAGUUCUGUCAUCG